AUGCCGCCCGGUCCCGCCAUGCCGCCCGGUCCCGCCGCUGCGCCCCCCAGGGCGGGUCGGGACCAUCCGGGUCCCUCCGCCCCCGCUCAGCCGUAUCCCGGCGCUGCUCACCCGGCGGGAGGGACCAGCGGCUCCCUGCGGGUCCCGGGUGCUCCGGUGCUGCUCCCUGCGUCCCGGGUCUCCGGUAGGUUCGCCCGGUCCCGUUGCUCCGAUGCUGCCCGCUCGGCCCCGGAGCUGGGCGGAGCAGCCCCGCUCGGACCCGCCCUCGGCGCGGAGCGGGGGGCUCCGGGCGGGGCCCCGAUGGAGAAGCGGAACCGGGGUCACCCGGUGGGUCCGCCCCUGGGCGGCUGUCCCGGCAGGGGGCCGUCCCGCGGUGUGCCACGGCACCACCCACCCCCGGUGUCCUCCCUGGGGCGUUCCGGUGCCACCCGCGGACCCCCGAAGGGUGGGCAGAACCCCGUGCCAGGGACGCGGGGGGCACAGUUUGGGAGGGAGCGGAUGGCGGCCCCUGAGUCAGCCCCGCGCCGCCCACACCCCCUCCCACGGUGCCCGCCGCGCCAGCUUGUGGCAUUUCGCUCGCCGGAGACGGUGCCGCAAACACGCCGCGGUGCCAGCGUGUGCCCGAGCCUGGCGCGGCCACGCGGGCCCCCCCGCGUGGGGCCCAUAAAUCCCCCCCACCGGCCCCCCAAGCUCCCACAGACUCCCGAGAUCCUUCGCAGACCCCACAGAGCCCCACAGAGAUCCCACAGACCCCGAGAGGCCCCACUGAGACGGCUCGGGUCCUCACAGACCCCCUCAGAUCCCCUCAGGCCCGCCGCACCCCAGCCCCGGCCGCCCCGAGGGGUGCGGCGGUCCCGGGUGGGAGCGGCGGGCGGCACCACGGACAGCGCCGGGUCGGGACCACGGACAGCGCCGGGCACGCGUGGGAGCGAGGGCUGGAGCACGCCCACUCGGGCUGUUGAAAGAUCCAGCGCCGGGCACCCGACCCCGAGGUACCCACCCGUGUGGGUACCGUGCGCCCCGUGGAUCCCCGCGGGCAUCACCGCCCCGCCACCGUGUGAGGAGGGGACGGACGGACGGGGGGGCCUCCGGCGCCGUGCGACCCCCCCCGCAACAUCCCCGCCCCAGGCCCCGUGCCCAGCAGGGGGACACCCACCACCGAGUCCCCCGUUCCCGCGGUGGGUCCCGCCGGGGUCCCCCACGUCCCUCCCCGCCGUGGGGCGGGCCGGCCCGGGAGGGGUUAAGCGGCGGGGCCGGCGGCGGGGGGCGGAGCGCGGCCGCCCCGGGAUAAGGCGCGGCGCGGGGCCGGGCUCAGCCCCACCGGAGCCGCGGGCAGAGCCGCGCUGA